AAGCAGUGUAAGAUUCUCCGUGGUGUUUGGAAUAACCAAGCAUGCGAAGGAUUUUAUGCUCCGGAUAUCUUUCUUUUUUGCAUUCUUCUGGCGAUUCUGUGCUUUGCUCUCUCCUACGGCCUAAGGAGUCUCCGCAACUCUGGAUUUUUCCCAUCUCGUGUUCGUUCUCUGAUUUCCGAUUUCGCGGUUCUGAUCGCUAUUGUCAUCUGUAGUUUGAUCGAUUACUUCACUGGUCUUCACACGCCUAAACUUCUUGUUCCUGUCUCAUUUGAGCCCACUUUAGGUUAUAAUAAACGUGGAUGGAUUAUUCCGCCGUUCAAUGGAAAUCCUUGGUGGACAUCUUUGGCGGCUAUUGGACCUGCUUUGUUGGCGGUUAUUCUUAUCUUCAUGGACCAACAGAUUACCUCAGUUAUCGUUAAUCGUCGGGAGAAUAAACUUAAGAAAGGAGGUGGCUACCAUUUGGAUCUCCUGGUUGUUACAAUAACAAUCGCUGUUAAUUCGGUGCUUGGAAUUCCAUGGUUCGUAGCUGCCACGGUGUUGUCAAUCAAUCAUGUCAUUUCUUUGAAAAAGGAAUCGGAAUCGUCAGCUCCCGGAGAAUGUCCUAUUUUCUUGGGUUGUCGUGAGCAGAGAGUUACUGGUUUCUUCAUUUUCCUUUCUAUUGGUCUCUCUGUUUUCAUGUCCUCAGUUCUCCGGACCAGUAUAAGUGGAAAAUUAGAUUGGCGAAAACUUCGCUCACUUUUAGCGUCAAGUGUUGUCUCGUCUUCUGCAAAGGAAGAGAAGAAAUCGGUGGAGAAAUUGCGUAUUCCGAUGGCAGUUCUUUACGGCGUUUUCUUGCUAAUGGGUAUCACUUCUUUAAAUGGCCUCCAGAUUAUGGAACGUGUAGGUCUCUUCUUUACUCCUGCAAAAUAUCAGCCGGACUACCCUUAUCUUAGACAUGUUCGCCUUGGACGUAUUCAUCUUUUCACUGCCAUUCAAGUUUUGUGCCUUAUUCUUCUCUACGUCAUCAAAUCAGUUCCCCAGAUAUCUAUUCUCUUUCCUCUAAUGGUUCUUGCUAUGUGCUUCGUGCGUCGUGGGCUGGAUUUCGUCUUCUCACAAGAGGAGCUCUAUUGGUUGGAUGAUAUUCUCCCUGAAAGCUCGUGUUCGCGAAGAGGAGAAACUGAUACGUCUGGAAAUCAAGCUAAACGCUUCGCUUCUGCGACGGACUUCAGCAGCAAGGACUCGCUGCCUCUCUCCCAACCUCUUAUUCUCAACUUAGAUGAAAAGCCAUUCAGUGUAAGUGAAGAGGUCUCAAAGACAUUGAUUUGGAGACAACUUUCCGGUAUCGGCUUGGUCAAUCAAGAUGUUGAUAGCAAAAAAAAGCGCCGAGAUCGCAAAAAGAAAGCCAAGCGUCAGCGCAGUAAUGGUAGGGAGAGCGGAGGUAGCGGAACAGAAACCAGCGAUUCCCGUCGUGGCAGUCUGAGUGGGCAUCGAUUCAGAGCUCUUCGUCUCUUUUCAUCUGACUUUGAUGGAGCGAUUGGAAGGGAUAUUGCUGUUCUCUUCCACUCCAACGAGACUGACCAAGCAAUGGCAGGAAUAUUGUCACUUAAUGCAUAUUGGAAUGCUCCAGAAAUAUGGAAUGUUGCUUAUACUUCGAAAAUGACAUGUGAAGAAAAGCUAACUAUACUGCAAAAUUUUUCACCAAAUCAAAAGUUCCAACUUUCUGCUGAGGAUAGUGCUUGGUGUGAAUAUGUAGAUCUUCGCAAUUAUGCACAUCCCUUCGAAUUACCUGAUUUUCAGGAGGCCGAAGGCGGUAUGGUUGAGCCAAUAGUUGAAAUUGCAUCACGGUAUCAGAACCAUUCUCGUUAUGACUACCCACGUCUACUGUACACGUUUCCUCUUGAAAGCCAUCAUUCGAGUAUCCUUCAGUCUGCUUUUUACUUUUAUCGUUAUAAUCCUGAUAUUUCUCCGAAUUGGAUCUAUUGUAAAUCUCCAAAAAUUACUUUCACGCCUGGAAAAAUCUCCUGGUUCUUCUUUGCUCUUGAUAGUUGUAAAGAAGUAUUAAAGGGGAAAAGUAACGAAAACCCCAUCCCUGUAUUUUAUCGGCUCGAAAUGCAAAAUGGAAAAGGUGAUGGAAAUCUUUUCAGAAGACAUUUUUCGCUCGAUGAUUUCGGUAGUUUAGAGACGGUCUUAAUUUUCUGGGUCGCAUCAAUCGCUUCUCUAUUCAUCGGCGGAUGGAUUGCUAUUAUGAAUAAGGACAAGAAGCAUUUGAGGUACCCUCUUUUACUCUUCCUGUGUGUUCUUCUAUUCUCCUUCAUAAAACAUCUUUUCGCUCUCAUGUGCCUCGGCCACCUCUCCAACGUCGGUCGACGUCCGCUUUGGCUUGAGAUCAUUAACGACUUAAUGGGAGGUGCUACAAAUUGUGCACUUGUUGCUUUGCUUUUGCUUCUUGCCUCUGGAUAUUGUGUCGUUCACAAAGAUCCCGGGAAUCGUAUGAAGAUCGUUGUCCUAGCAACGGUUGCUGUUUAUGGACCUGUUCAACUGAUUUGUGGAGUUACUGUCACUUUGGCAUUUGAUUCAGGUCAAGCCAAAUAUGUCUACCAAUCACCAAGCGGAUACACAUUAGUGACAUUGAAUAUUGCCACCUGGUUGGUCUUCCUGCUUAUUGCCAUGUAUACAAAUACCCACUGGCCAACAAAACGACUCUUCUAUCUCACAAUCAUCUGCUUCUAUUCUGUUUGGUUCUGGACUCUGCCAAUAGUUCUUAUUAUUAACGGUGAUUAUAUCGCCCUAUGGCGUCGCUUGGGUCUUCAUAGGUCAAUUACAAGUAUCGCAGAUCUCGCUGCUCAGGUCUUUUUACUUUAUAUAUUCUGGCCAUCGAGUAUUGCGAAAAUCUUCAUUCGAUCUGAUGAAGACCAAUAUAGUGAAGAAGCGAGUUUGACACCUGUUCCGCGAACGUCUAUAACUCCAGUUACCGUGCCUAAACUCUCUAUAGAUAGCAGGUCUCCUCGCAAGAAGAGCUCGAAAACGGAAGGUCCCACCACUAGUACAUCAAAUUCUGCUGCUCCAAAAUCAACUUUCGAAACACCAAGGACACCAGAAGGGGAUGAGCAACCUACAAAAGAUAUGAAAUCUAAGUUUUUGAAGAAGUUGAUUCAGUAA